AUGAUGUCCAAAGGAUCCAUCAGGUGGCUGAAGCUCGUCCUCCAUCGACGACCCGGUGGACUCGUCGUCUUCUCCUUCCGCCCUCCCCCACCCACUCGCUCACUCUGCCCUCACCAACCCACCCACCCACUCGCUCCUGCGCCCUCACCCACCCACCCACCCGCUCCUGCGCCCGACCGCGGGGGGAGGUGGAGGGCGGUGGAGGUGGAGGGCGGGGAGGGCGCGAGGGGGAGGUGGGAAAAGCCCGAGGGGGGAGGGAGUGAGGAUGAGCUAAGGAGGUCUCGUCCGUCCUCCGUCGACGACAGCUGGCUGGAGCUCGAGUCCUCCUCGACGCUAUGGGCUGGACUCGAUCGUCCGUCCUUCAUCGACGAGCUUGCGGGACUCGACCGUCUUCGACGAGCUGGCGGGACUCGUCCCCUGCAUCGACGAGCUGCGCUGGAGCUCGUCGACGAGAUGACGAGGUGGUUGGACUCGACCGUCUAUCGACGAGCUAGUAGGCUGGAGCUCGUCCUUUAUCGACGAGGCGCCCCGGUGGAGUCGUCCUCCAUCGAUGCCCUUGCGGACUCAUCGUCCUCUUCCUCGAAGCGCUGCGGGACUCGUCCUCUUCAUCGUCGCCUUGGGGUGGACUUCGUCCAUCGACGCGCCGGUGGACUUCGUCCAUCGACGCGCCGGUGGACUUCGUCCUUCGACGAGGCGGCUGGUUGGACUCGUCUCGUCCUCUAUCGCCGAGGUGGAUUCGCUCGUCCCCUUCAUCAUCUCCGACGCGUGCUAGGCUGGACUCCUCGCCUUCCAUCGGCGAGCUGGCUGGACCUCGUCCGUCCUUACAUCAUCCACGCGCCGGUGGAUUUGGACUCGUCCUCCUCCAUCAAGGCGACAAGCUGGUGGCCGGACUUCGUCGUCCUUCCAUCGACGAGCUGGCUGGACUCGUCCUUCCUCCAUCGACGCCCCGGUGGACUUCGUCAGUCCUACAUCGACGCCCUGGUGGACUCGUCCCCCUCCAUCGACGCCCUUGCUGGACUCGUCCCCCUCCAUCGACGACGAGGUGCCGGUGGACUCGUCUUCGACGAGCUCGUGGCUGGAUUCGUCAUCGCUGGACUCGCUGGUCCAUCGACUUCGGCUGAAGCUCGUCGAGUCCAUCGACGCCCCGGCGGAGCUCGUCCGUCCGUCGACGCCCCGGUGGACUCGUCUCCCUCCAUCGACGAGCCGGCGGACUCGUCUUCAUCGACGAGCUGGGGUGGACUCGUCCGUCCAUCGACGACGCCCCGGAGGAGCUCGACUUCCACCGACGAGAUAGCUGAACUCGUUCCUCUUCAUCGACGAGCACUGGGGUGGACUUCGUCCUCCUUCAUCGACGAGGUCGCUGGCUGGACUCGUCCUGCGUCCAUCAACGGAUGCCUUGGACUCGUCUUCCUCCAUCGACGAGCUAGGCGGAGCUCGUCCGUCCUCUAUCGACGCCUUGGGAUGGACUCGACUUCCUCCGGCGGCGAGGCCGGACUCGUCCUCCUUCCGUCGACAAGCUGGGCUGGACUCGUCCCUAUCCACGCCGAGGCAGCUAGCUGGACUUCGUCCUUGACGACGCCUUGCUGGACUUCGAUUUCCAUCGUCGACGAGGUUGCUGGACUCGUCCGUCCUUCCUCUAUCGACGCCCCGGCGGACUUCGUCUUCCCCCUCCAUCGCCUUGGUGGCUGGACUCGUCCUCCUCCGUCGACGAGCUGGCUGAACUCGACCUCCGUCGACGACGCCCUAGGCUGGACUCGUCCUCAAUCGACGAGACGCCGGGCUGGAUUCGUCCUUCUCCGACGCCCCGGCGGACUCGUCUUCCAUCAUCGACGAGCUGGGGUGGAGCUCGUCCGUCCUUCGUCAGCGACGAGGUGGGGUGGACUCGCUCGUCUUCCGUUGACGCGCCUUGGCCGGACUUCCUCCGUCGACGCGCUGCUGGACUCGACUUCCAUCGACGAGGCAGCUAGGCUGGAAUCGCUCGUCCUCCAUCGCCGACGAGAUGGCUCGCUGGACUCGUCCUCCCUCCAUCGACGACCUCGGCUGGACUCGACUGCUUCAUCGACGACGCUCGGGCGGACUCGUCCCCCUUUAUCGACUGAGGCAGCUGGCUGGACUCGUCCUCCUCUAUCGACGCGCUGGUGGCUGGACUCGUCCUCCCUCCCGCCGUCGACGAGCUGGCUGGAGCUCGACUUCCUCAAUCGACGACGAGAUGGCGGGACUUCGUCCUCCCUCCAUCGACGAGCUAGGCUGGCUGGACAUUGUCCUCCUCCCAUCGUCGACGAACUGGACUCGACCUUCAUCGACGAGCUGGCUGGCUGGACUUCGUCCUCUGUCGACGCCCUAGGCGGGACUCGCUCGACCUCCAUCGACGCGCCGGCGGCUAGACUCGUCCUCUUCAUCGACGACGAGCUGGCGAGUCCUCCUCCAUCGACGAGGCGAAUGGACUCGACUUCGUCCUCUUCCUCGACGAGCCGGUGGACUCGACUCCCUCCAUCGCCUCGCUGGCGAGUCCUGCAUCGACGAGGCGGCUGGAGCUCGUCCUCCUGCAUCGCCGAGCUGGAGGAGCUCGUCCUCCAUCUAUCGUUGACGAGCUGCGAAGCUCGACUUCGUCGACGAGCUGCGGACUUCGUCCUUCUUCUAUCGACGACGGCAGGUUGGAGCUCGCGGGACUCGCUUGACUCCAUCGACGAGCCGGUGGAUGGACUCGACGCCGUCUUCGACGCCCCGGUGGACUCGUCCUUCCUCUUCAUCGGCGCCCCGCGAGUGGGUCCUCCAUCGACGACGCUCGAGGCUGGACUCGUCCUUCCUCUAUCGACGCGCCGGCGGAGCUCGUCCGUCCGUCGACGCCUUGCUAGGCUGGACUUGUCCUUCAUCUCCAUCGACUCCGGCGUUAGGCUAAACUCGACUUUCUCGACGAGCUGGGGUGGACUCGUCUCGGACUCGCUCGUCCCCCUGCGACGGCUGGGGUGGACUCGUCUUCCUCCAUCGACGCGCUGGCUGGACUUCGUCCUUCAUCCGCCGACGCCCUAG